GUGUCUCCGGAGACAGAUUUGUAUUCUGCAGCUCCACACUGAGGCUCGGGGUACUUCCAGCGCUCCAGGCAAGCUAAGACAUAAACACUCCGACCUCUCUCUGCUAGCAGGACAUUUACACCUGUUCCGCGAGACAAGACUUCAAGACAGUAGCACUGCAAGGUCACGAGAACAGAUUGUAAUUUUAGAAAAAUGAAACUUGAAGUUUUCUCUGCGCACCACUUCGCGCAGAAACCACUGGAGUUGUGCAUGGACGCAGACGGAGGAGUCCCGUCUCCUCUGUCCGGAGACGAGCUCGGCUCGGACGGGGACUGCGUGGCCAAUAGCCCGGCACCUGUCAACCAGAGCGGCGACAGCGGUAAAGGAAAGCCCUACACUCGCAGACCCAAACCUCCGUACUCCUACAUUGCCCUCAUCGCCAUGGCCAUCCGGGAGUCCAGCAGCGGCCGCCUCACACUGGCAGAGAUCAACGACUACCUGAUGAAGAAGUUCCCGUUUUUCCGUGGCAGCUACACCGGUUGGAGGAACUCUGUGCGCCACAACCUGUCACUCAACGACUGCUUCCUCAAAGUGCUGCGGGACCCGUCUAGGCCCUGGGGAAAGGACAACUACUGGAUGCUCAACCCACACAGCGAAUACACCUUUGCUGAUGGGGUGUUCCGCCGCAGGAGGAAGCGCAUCUCUAAGAGGUCCCCCAAAGAGCAGGAGAGCCCAGACACCCUCAGUGAGGACACUCGCCUCCCUGCUCCUGAAGAGAGGGUGGGGGCCAAGUUCUCCAGCUCCUUUGCCAUCGACAGCAUCCUCAGCACACCAUUCAAACGAAGGGAGGACAGUCACGCUGGGGCUGACAACCUCGCGCCCUGCUUUUACUGGUCCCCAGGGGCCCACACAUUACCAUACAGUCUGAACUUUCCGGUACAGCACAGUUAUCUGCCAGAGGCGGCGUACAACCGCACAGAAGGCGGCAGGGAUGCUACAUACCUCCAGCAGACAGCACCGGGCAUGGUCGCACCUGAGGCCGCCUUCAAGAUGCCCAACAAAGCCCGAGGUUUUCACAUAGACUCCUUGUUAUCAUGAAACACUUGGACUGAUGUCAGACUUGUGUGUUCUCAACUAUAAUGUGCACUCUCUGGGGGUUUUUUUUUUUUAAAAAGCUUUUAGUGCUUUAUCUGUUAAAUCGUUUGGGACUCAGGCUGUCUCAUGAUGACCGAGCUACUGUAAAGUCAUUUUGCGAUGAAAAAAAUGAUCAGAAAAAUAACAUUACUUGUUGUGAAAAUAGAUGGCUGAUGACCAAAAUAUUAGUGUCAUCGCAAAACAUUCCUCCCUCUGUGUUUCCGCGCUCGCGUGUGUGUGUCUGUGUUGUGAGCAUUAAAUUUAUUUGGAGAGAGAGUUUGUUUGUAUUCAUGUAUGGUUCACUGGUCAUUUCUACUGUAUGAUGGCAACAAAGUGCCAUGUUAAAACUAUUCUAUUUAUAUUUUCAUGUUUUCUAUGACCUGCUGUAUAAAUAUUGAUGUGUAUAUAAUAUAUAAAUACAAUAAAAUAUUGACAGAGCUGCGUUGAGAAUCACGUGGCUGCACCACAAACGCAUGAACAAUGCUUUGCUUUUCCUAAGACUGGUUGAUUGAUUGAUGCAUGCUUGGUAUUUUUCUGAAUAAAAAAAGUGAAACAAUGGGA